CGCAGUACCUCGAAGCUCCAGUGGGUCAUCGCUGCACGCACGCAGUCAGGUCCCGCUCCAGCUCUGGAAAUCUCGCCUUGUAGUCGCUCGCCGAGCGCGCGCUGCAAAGGAAGAGAGCUGCGGACUUACGGAGAAACGUGCGAGGGUGAAGCUUUCUUCUCGAAAUGAAUCACUCGUAGGUUGCCCCGCCAAUACAGGGGCUUGUACAGCACAUAUUACACGUUUUGGAAAAUGAAAAGGCUUUCUCGAAAGCUGACUUUGGCUUUGGCAGUUUUGUUCUGGGUUGCCGCUCUACUGUAUUUACUCCUAUUAAGUAGAAGGAAAGUAUCUGAUCUGGAGACAGAAGACGCUCAGGACAGGAAGCUCACUGAAGCCGAAUGGGACGACCUCCUGGAUCAGUUCGAAGAGAAGCACUACCUCAGCGUCCGCAGAUGGAAGCCGGGCCAGGACCCCUACAGGCUGUACGCCUUCAAUCAGCGCGAGUGCGAGCGGAUCCCUAGCAACCGCGCCCUCCGAGACACCCGCCAUUACAGGUGCAGCGCAUUGCAUUAUGGGCCGGAGUUGCCGCCCACGUCCAUCAUCAUUACCUUCCACAAUGAGGCCAGAUCCACACUGCUGCGCACUGUAAGGAGCGUGCUCAAUCGAACUCCCGUUCACCUAAUUCACGAGAUCCUGCUGGUGGACGACUUCAGUGAAGACCCUGACGACUGCCUUCUUCUCACCAAGUUGCCCAAAGUGAAGUGUCUUCGGAAUGAGCGGCGAGAAGGGCUGAUCCGGUCCAGGGUUCGAGGUGCGGAUGCUGCUCGGGCCGGGGUCCUGACCUUUUUGGACAGCCACUGCGAGGUGAACAAAGACUGGCUGCCCCCACUGCUCCACAGAAUAAAAGAGGACCCGACGUGCGUCGUGAGCCCGGUCAUCGACAUCAUCAACAUGGACUCCUUUGCCUAUGUGGCGGCCUCGUCAGACCUGCGUGGAGGCUUUGACUGGAGUCUGCAUUUCAAGUGGGAGCAACUGUCUGCUGAACAAAAAGCCAGGAGAGUCGACCCCACCGAACCCAUCAGGACCCCCAUUAUUGCCGGAGGCCUCUUCGUGAUUGACAAGUCCUGGUUUAAUCACCUGGGGAAAUAUGAUACUGCCAUGGACAUUUGGGGUGGUGAGAACUUUGAGAUCUCCUUCCGGGUGUGGAUGUGCGGAGGGAGUCUGGAGAUCAUUCCCUGCAGCAGGGUCGGCCACGUCUUCCGCAAGAAGCACCCGUACAUCUUUCCGGAGGGGAACGCCAACACCUACAUCAAGAACACCAGGCGGACGGCGGAGGUGUGGAUGGACGAGUUCAAGCUCUUCUACUACUCGGCUCGACCGGCCGCCCGGGGAAAGCCUUACGGCGACGUUCACGGAAGAGAGGAGCUACGCAGGAGCCUGAACUGCAAAUCCUUCAAGUGGUAUCUAGACAACGUCUACCCCGAGCUGAAAAUUCCUGAUGAUUCCGACAUCAAGACGGGCGUAAUCCGACAGAGGCAGAACUGCCUGGAGUCUCGUAAGGUGGAGGGGCAGGACCUGCCUGUGCUGACUCUGGGACCCUGCAUGGGCACCAAGGCGGUGCCUGCCUUUAACCAGGAGUGGCUGUACACCCACGGGCAGCAGAUCCGGCAGCAGCAGCACUGCCUCUCCCUGGCCACCACCUUCCCGGCCUCCCAGGUCCUGCUCGUGCCCUGCAACAUCGGCGACGGGAAACAGAAAUGGCAGAAGUCCGGGACCCACAUCGAGCACCUGGCCUCCCACUACUGCCUGGACAGCGAGAUGGCGCUGGACGGGAUCGAGAGCAGCAAGAUGCUCGUCAUAAGCCCCUGCGAACUGUCCGCCUACACUCAGAGAUGGGAGGUGCCCUUCUCGUGAUCGCAGGCGGUCGACGAACGCCACCGCGGUCAGACGCGCGCGCGCGCAAGGGGCGGGACCAAAAGACACUCUCCUGGCUUCAGAACUCUGCUGGUGGAGACUCGGAGGCCAGGGAAGCAGUGGACAAGACACCAAAGAUGGCCGACACGCGGGGGGGGGGGGAUACCUCCUCCUUCACUCUGUCAGUGACAGAGAUUUCUAACUAUUUUAAGAGUGUGAUUUGGAUACUUGAGAGAUUCCUCUUUUACUACGAUUACAAUCAACAUUGUAAUUAGCGGGACUGAAGUCUCGUGUCAUGUCACAGGACAGGAAGACACGGGAGAUUUCGUGUUUCAUUGCAGUGGUCACUGAAGCCUUAUAAGUCUUAUAAUCUGUUGCGGCAUUAAUUACCAGCAAGAGGAAGAAUUAAUGCUGCCUCAGUCCUGUAGUGGAUGUCAACCAUAAUGUGAAAAGCCAUUAAACAAGUGGCUCAUUAUGGUGGGUUAAAGAACUGACAUGCAUUUUAGGUUUGAAAUUUACAUUGAACUCAGUCAGGGGGGGAAUAUUUAAUUGGCUUACAGGACAUCAAACAGGCUUGGCCAUGUGCCUGAAUGCUUAUCAUGAUUGUGAUUCUUUUUUCUUUCUUUUUUUUAAAACGAGGACUUGUGACACGUGCAUUAACUCGCUUUCUACUGGCUCCUGAAUACCAUGAAGAUUACAGACUUUCCAUGGCGAUGUUGAUCCACUGCAGAUGGAUGUGUUGGUUACAGAAAUUAAAAUUAAAGUAUGAAAAAAA